AUGUCACUGACAUUCGCGCAGAUAGCCAACGUCAUUGGCCGCAUACCCCAGCUCUCGCAUGUGUCUUUGAUGCAAGUGGUCAUGUUCAUGGACUGCUGCAUCGAACUUCGCGAUGACUUUGCCCUGGUUCAGCCUGCAAAGCGCAACACUAUUGACGAGGCCCCACCCACUAUCCCUCGCCCCCAUAUCCGGUGGUUAUCCACCGUCACACGCAUCACCAUAGAGAACCUCGAAUAUCUAUGGCUACUCCUCAAGGACUCGAUAUGGGUAAUGCCUCGAUCUUGGGAGCGUCAGCAGGACUUAGCGUCUAUGUUUGAGGAGACUGGGUGGGAGUUGAAACUCCCCCUCGUUUCAAUUUAUCCUCCUGCUCGCGUUUGUGACAGCGACGGCUGUCAGAAGAAGUCGGAAAUGCGGACUCAGACCAUCGGCGAGGCAGUAGCAUUCACCAUGGACUUUGGCGUCCAAUAUGCCAAGGUGGUGAACCUAACCUGCGAAUGUGAGUUCUCCCGGUCUAAAUGUUGCCAUUCUUUCAACGCCUCGACACGCAAAUACCACAAACAAAUACCUGAAUGGAUUCAAGUUGACGAACAUCACUACGUCGAGACUUGA